AUGAGUCAUCUGAAAACUCAUGAAAGGAUUCACACAGGAGAAAAGCCUUUCAGAUGUACAGAGUGUGGAAAAAGUUUUGCAGAAAAGAGUAAGCUGAAAAAACAUGAAAGGAUUCAUACAGGAGAAAAGCCUUACGCAUGUACAGAGUGUGGAAAAAGUUUUACACAACAGAGUAGUCUGAAAACUCAUGAAAGGAUUCAUGGAAAAAGUUUUACAGAAAAGAGUAUUCUGAGAAGUCAUGAAUGGAUUCACACAGGAGAAAAACCUUUCAGAUGUACAGAGUGUGGAAAAGGUUUUACACAUAAGAGUCAUCUGAAAACUCAUGAAAGGAUUCACACAGGAGAGAAACCUUUCACAUGUACAGAGUGUGGAAAAAGUUUUGCAGAAAAGAGUAAACUGAAAAAAACAUGAAAGG